AUGGGUCGCACAAAGCAGACCGCACGCCGCGGCAAGCCGAUCCCAGUGACAUCCACUGUCGAUUUUCAUGGAAAGGAAUCUCUAGAAGUUGCGCGGAAAUACCCGAGGGAACUACUUUCCGACUCAUCGAAACACUCAACCAUUUACCGCAAUGUUGGCCCCCUCCUGCAUGUUGGAGACAGACAUGGCAAAGAAUGGAUUAUUGCAUCUCGCGCCAAGUCUGGCGCUCCAAUACACGCAGUCGUACCGGUCUAUCCGAACGCAGUGUCUCGGCGCUUAUCAACGUGCUUGAGCCUUUUCAACAGCGGCAAGUGGAAGGAGUCAAGUGAGGAGGGCGAAAUAUGGGUGUCGCUCGAUAUUGCCAUCUCCACGCUGGGAGAUCACCUCCAGUUACAAUUCCGCUUCUGUCUGUACUGGAACGAGACAAAAACACCUUACAGCCGACUGCGUUCAACGUUUGAGAGAAAACAAAGCCAAAAGAUCCUCGAUACCUUCUUGUCCGAUGGCUCUAAUACUAUUGCAUCCGGGAGGCAGAGCUGGUCGCCGCUCGACUUCUACGAAGCGGCGCACGUUCCUCCCUCUGACGAUGAGAAUGGCCUCAAAAUCGAUGUCCCGGAACUGACGGCAUCAUUAUAUCCUUAUCAGAAACGAACUCUCAACUGGCUUUUGAAGCGAGAGGGCGUCUGCUGGAAUAAUUCGCCUGAUGGGAGUUCUGUCGGACUCAUUGAAGAUUUCCCCGCUUCCAAGGAUCUUAAUACUGCGCACACUUUUCGCAAGACACAAGACGCACUCGGCGGAGACUUUCAUGUCAGCCACGUGUAUCAUGUUGUCACCAGCGAUCUUACGUCCUUCCAGCAGGCGGAACAAUAUGUCAGGGGUGGCAUUCUUGCUGAGGAAAUGGGUCUUGGAAAAACCCUUGAAGUUAUUGGUCUGAUCGCGCUCCAUCGUCGGCCAGAUGGCGAAAGCAACACGGUUCUUACUAGGGAGGGAGAAGAACUCCUCGCCACGGGUGCAACGCUCAUUGUCUCGCCCAACUCACUUAAAGAGCAAUGGAUGUCGGAGAUUCACCAGCACGCGCCUCAUCUCCGAGUCAAAUACUAUCCCGGCCGCAAGAACGUGGGCUUUGAAAGCGAGGAGCUGCUCCGCAAAGAUCUGGCAGCUCACGACAUUAUCGUAACUACCUACUCCAUCCUGACUUCUGAGCUUCACUACGCCAUCAAACCACCCGAGAGAUCCCGAAGACAAGAGAGGAAGUACGAGCGACCUGCGUCUCCACUUACGCAGAUGCUGUGGUGGCGAAUCUGCCUUGACGAAGCCCAGAUGAUCGAGAGUGGUGUUACAGGUGCUGCUGCGGUCGCCAAAGUCAUACCUCGAGUCAAUGCUUGGGGCGUAACCGGAACCCCAGUCAAGAACGACGUCAAAGAUCUGUUUGGUCUUCUCAACUUCUUGCGUUAUGAGCCCUACGCCUCCUACGCGCCAGCUUGGAAAGCCUUGACGGACUCUCACAAGCCCCUCUUCCGGUCACUAUUCGCCUCCAUCGCCCUACGGCACACAAAGCAGCUCGUUAGGCAUGAGAUUGCUGUGCCACCGCAGAAGCGAUUUGUGAUAACCUUACCGUUCACAGCCGUUGAGGAACAGUACUAUGGCGAGAUGUUCAGAAACAUGACCCGAAAUUGCGGCCUGGAUAUGGCCGGCAAUCCCUCCAGUAACGAUUGGAAGCUCGAGCAGUAUGAAACCGAGAUGCGGGCAUGGCUCAAUCGACUUCGACAGGCAACACUUCAUCCUGAGAUUGUUCAACGACGAGGCAAUGGAAGAAAGGUCGGUCCCAUGCGGACGGUCGACGAAGUAUUAGACGCUAUGCUUGAGCAGGGCGACAACGAUAUCCGAACUGAGCAAAGAGCAUACUUUCAGGCACGGCUUCUUCGCGGCCAGAUGUUGGAGAAUGGUCCGAGAGUGAAGGAGGCUCUGGAAAUAUGGGAAAAGGUCAAGAAAGAUGCUUCAGCCCUUGUUUCGGAGUGCCGAGAAGAGGCAGAAGACGCUCUGAAAGAGUUGAAUUCUUCCGGCUCAAAUCAAGAUUCGAUAGUUGACUUUCCCUCAGACGAAGAUGAUAACGAGGAAACGGACGAUCUCUCGGGGGUAGGCCACGUCGGCGAGGCUCGAACGAGACUUCGCCAUGCGUUGGAAAUCCUACAUAAAGCAACCUUCUUCUGUGCCAAUGCGUUCUUCCAAAUUAAGUCAAAUAGCGACCUCACAGAGCCGGAAUCUGAUGACCACAGGAAGUUGCAGCAAUUAGAAGAUUCGGAAUACAGCAAAGCUCAGGAGAUUCGUCGAGAGAUUCUGUCCGAGAGUCAUGCAAAGGCCAUGUCACUGGUCAAUAAGCUGGGACGGCAGGCUCAAUCACAAACGUUCGUGGAUAUACCGGAACUCGCAAUCAAUUUGAACAAGGGCUUGGAGAGCGCAGGUGCACUUGAAAAGCUCGAAGAGCUCUAUGGUGUCCUCAAUGAACAAGCGAACAUCAUUGACGAGUGGAGAGAAGCCGUCAUUAAGCUACUUUCCCAGCCACUGAUCGACGAGGAAGCUGAGGUCGAAAACACGGGUGAAGAGUUCACAGACUCUACCAAAACCCAAGAAGAACUCAUCGUAUACGUACAAGUGCUACGUGCGGCUGUUGCUGAUCGUCAGGAUGCGAUUUCGGGUCUCGAGAAUGCGCUCGUGAAGCACGAGACUAAGGUCUCACUAAUCACUGCUAAGGCGGAUGAGGGUCCGGCCCCGGAGCAAAUGAUAGCUCUUCACCAACUCAGAGACAAAGUCAGACCAGACAGAGAUCGGCAUGGUUCACUACGAGGCGCCAUUGCAGAGCUUCGAGCGAUCGCCUCGCGGUUGCCACAGGACGGCGGUGGGCGCGCGAGCGUUGAGCGUGAAAUCGUUGUCAGGCAGAUAAGAGAAACCCAGGCACAUAUCACCGCGCAAACCAAGGCCGCGACGGCGCUCGAGCGGGAGAUGGACAGGUUCACGAGUGCCAUGAAUGCCAGAGUCGAGUAUUAUCGACAGUUACAGGCUGUGUCCGACAGUGUGGCCCCGUACGAGGGCCCCAACAACCAGCAAGCUAUUGAUUCAUGCAAGGUCAAUGAGGAUCAAGCCCGUCAAAAGUUCGACGCCGCAAGGGCAAAACACAGAUACUGUGAGUACCGCCUCCACCACACGGUUGCAUUGUACUGA